AGUCACUCUUUUGGGCCGUCUCUCGCUUCCUUUCUUUUUCUUGGACCACCAGUCACUCUUUAAUUUACAUAUAAAUUCUCAAGGUCACUCGCUUUCCCCCCAGCAACACUAUACCACUUACCGACCAUGAAGUCCUAUGCUCUGGCCGUUCUCAGCCUCGCGGCCCUCGCAGCCGCUCAGAAUGGCCCUCCUCCGACAGGCGCGCCGCCCAGCCUUGAUGACCUCGAGGCCCUCGAGGAGAGCUACGACAGCCAGUUUCCGGAAUGUCCUCAUGACUGUUGGCUUCCUGCCGCCGCAUCCGUCGGAUGUGAGGACAACGACUUCGCCUGUGCCUGCGAGUGCGAGGAGGAGAUCCAGGAGGCUGCCGCGAGCUGCUAUUCGAGCUGCAGCUCGUCGGAUCUUGCUGCCGCCAGCUCGCUCAGCGAGGCCAUCUGCAGCAUUCAAUCCCUCAUCGAGGCCGGCCCGCCUGCCACGACUCUUGCCCCUCCGGUCUCGAGCUCGACCGGGCGCUGGCACCAUCACCACCAGGCGUCUUCCUCGGCGGGCCCCGUUCACAAGCCCAAGGAGAAUGACCUUUUGACCUCGGUUGUGGACUGCUUCGUCACCGUGUGCCCUGAGCCCACCACCUUCACCGUCAACAACGUGUGCUACACUGCUACCUCGUCCAACCAGGCCAUCACGGUCACUGACUGCCCUUGCACCAUUGAAGUUGCGUCCGCUACCCCAGCUCCCAACGGCGCCCAUGCCGUGGCCACCGGCAAGAUCGUCGUAGCCUCCGCCGCCGCCGUCCAGCUCCCCCCCGUGCUGCC